UCGACAGAAAUCUUCCGCCGAUCAUCAUCGACGAGACAUCCAGUUUGAGGAUGGCCAGCACGCCUUUCUCAGAGUUCGCCCGGUUCGCGGAGUAGUGCGAUUCGGCAAGAGAGGGAAGCUGCACCCUCGUUUCAUAGGUCUGUUCGAGGUUCUCGAACGAGUAGGCGAGGUCGCGUAUCGUCUAGCCCUACCUCCCGAGUUAUCAGGCAUUCAUAAUCAGCAAUUAAGUUCCAGCAAUUACCCUAAUCUUCCAUCAAACAUCGCACGGCAAGAUAGUUAUCGCACGGCAAGCACAAGGACAAGGAGGCACGACCUAUUUCCCGAUUUCCGUCGAGCAAUCCCAGAGGUAACCUCCUCCUCCUCUGGUAAUUUAGUAGAUAGGGUUAAAUUGGGUUUAAGUGUUCGAGGUCCUACCCAGGCUACGGUAGUCGCUCAGUUCCGCGACUAUCAUGCAGAGAAGUUCUCAGGUCAGGGCGACUCCCGUAUCGUUGAUGAAUGGAUUCAGGGGUUGGAGUUUAUCUUCGAAGUUAUGGAAAGCCCCGAUAGAUAUCGCGUAGUUUGCGCUCAGCUUCAGCUCACUGGCGAUGCGAGGCUAUGGUGGAACGCCUACUGGAGCAUGCGUCCCGGUGAAAAAGCGGGUUGUACGUGGGACAUGUUCAAGGAUCUGGUCCGCGACAAGUACUACCCUUCCUACUAUCGGGCAGAGAUGGAGCGCCAGUUCUUAGCGCUUCGGCAGGGCACUCGUACUGUCGAUGAGUACGAGCGUGAGUUCACCAGACUUGCAGGUUUCGCACCGGAUCUUGUUCGCACGGAGCUGCAGAAGAUUCCACCAUGCCCGACUUGUGGUCGACUUCACAGGGGAGAGUGUCGUGCUGGACAGGACGUCUGUUACUUUUGCCAGGAGCCGGGACACUUCGCGAGUCGUUGCCCGAAGAAGCUUCAGCAGCAGCCUCAGCAGCCACAACAGCAGCAGCCACGACAGCAGGCACAGAGACCGCAGCAGCAGCAACAGCAGCAGAGGGGCCGGCAGCAAGCCAGGGUCUAUGCGGUCGAUCAGGCGGAGGCAGCACAGCAACCAGGUACCAUGUCCGGGAUGGUUGUUCUCAAUGAUAUUCCUGUAUUUGCGUUAUUCGAUACCGGAGCAACGCACACCUUUAUUUCACGACGGUGUCUCGACGCCAUCGGAGUUCACGCAGUUACCGCUGUCGAUCCUAUCGAGGUGAGUUUAGCCUCGGGACGAAAGAUA